AUGGGAUCCAGCGAGGAAUAUGGCCGGGAGAAGUCAGCCCCCCCGUCGCCACAUGAGCAGCACGUCUUGGCCCAAAAUGAUGUAGACCAUGGCGCAGACAGCGAGCUGCAAAGGCGCCUGAGCAGCCGGCACAUCACCAUGAUUGCCCUGGGCUCAUCAAUUGGAAUGGGGCUAUGGCUCGGCAGUGGAACGAGUCUCAUCAAUGGUGGCCCGGCUGCACUUCUUAUCGGGUACCUUCUCUCCGGGACAAUGAUUUGGUGCGUCUCGCAAUCCAUCGGCGAGAUGGCCGUUAUGUACCCUCUCCCUUCGGCGUUCGUGCAAUGGACCAACAAGUUCGUCGAUCCUGCAGCUGGACUGACCCUAGGAUGGUGCUAUUGGUUCCAGUAUUGGAUCACCAUCGCCAACGAGCUGGCCGGCCUUGUGACCGUUCUCAGUUUCUGGACUGACAGGGUGCCUACCGCUGCGUGGAUCACAAUCUUCUUCCUCGUCAUCGUCGCUAUCAACGUUGUCGCUGUCAAUUGGUUCGCCGAAGUCGAGGUAAUCUUCGCGAGUAUCAAGUUCGGCUGGAUCUUUGUCGUUAUCAUAUCUAUGAUAGUUAUCUCUGCCGGCGGCGCUCCCAGAGGAGGUCCCAUCGGCUUCAGGUACUGGAACGAGACCGGGGGUUUCACGAACGGGUUUAAGGGCUUCUUGUCCAUAAUGCCGACCUGCAUUUUCGCCAUGUCUGGUUCCGAAAACUGCGGCCUAGUCGCAGCCGAGACCAACAACCCGCGCAAGUCUGUGCCCAAGGCUGUCAGCUCUAUUUGGAUUCGUCUGGCCCUCUUCUACAUCCUUGGCUCGCUCAUGGUAACCAUCACUGUCAGUCCUGACAACCCGGAUCUGUUCGGUGGCGAGGGCACAAACGCUUCACCCUUUGUCGUAGCCUAUAAGGACUCGGGCUUGAUGCCACUUGCCCACAUUAUGAACUUCAUCAUCUUCAUCUCCGUGUUGUCGACCGGCAGUAUUUCUGGCUAUGGCGGAUCACGGACUUUGGUCGGGUUGGCUCAGAUUGGAAUGGCACCAAAGCAAAUGCUCAAGGCAGACAAGACCGGCCGUCCCUGGUUCGCUCUAGUGCCGACGCUCGUCAUCGGCGGUGGCCUUGCUUAUCUGAACGUCAGCGAAAGUGGAGCCGAGGUCUUUACCUGGUUCUCUAAUUUGACUUCCCUCUUCACCCUAUUCGGAUGGGCCAUGAUUUGUUUGUCGCACAUCCGCAUGCGCCACGCCUGGAAGAUCCAGGGCCGCUCUGUCGAAGAACUCCCAUGGAAGACAUGGACAUUUCCCUGGGGUGCAUACUGGGGUCUCAUCUGGUGUAUCCUUCUUAUCAUCGCCGAGUUCUACCUAAGUGUUUGGCCGUUGAGUGAACCCAUGAGUGCCAGGAACUUCUUUGCCAACUACAUUUCUAUUGUUGCCGGAGUCGUCAUAUGGCUAAUCACUCGUGCCUACUUUUAUGCUACCAAGAGGCAGGGCUGGUGGGUCGACUCGCUCACUGUCAACCUUGACGAAGGCCGCAGGUUCUACUCUCGGGCAGCCAUUGAGGAUGCCGAGAAAGGCGGCAUCAGAAAGUCUGCUUUUGGAUGGGUCCACCACAUCUAA